AUGAAGACACUUCUGUUUGGACUCCUGCUUGGCUUGGCAUAUGUGGAGUUGGCCCAGUCCUUACGAUGUUACACAUGCAAGGAACCGAUGGACAUCGCUAAGUGCCGAACACCCUCCCUGUGCCCCUUGAAUUCUACCGUGUGCACGACAACACUGCACUCUGUAGAUUCAGGUUACCCCUUUUUCGGCAACAUAACUGUGACCAGAAGCUGUGAUGUCGUAUGCCGCUCCUCUGAUGAGAUAGGGGCAAACAAACCCACGACGUGCUGCUUCACUGACCUCUGCACCAGCAACAGCAGGAACAGCAAUGGGGUGGGAAGCAACUCUGCAGUGCUCGGUCUGAUGGCCAUGGUUGUUGGCGUGCUCCUCCAUUGCAAUUUGUAA